AUGGAGCUUCUUUCUAAAAAGGUUAAAAAUAUUACUGUUAUUACGGAUGAAAAUUUACAAAAAUCCUAUUUUAAUUUCGAUGGAGAUAUACUUGAUAUUGAUGAGAAUACGCUGAUGUUAUACGGUGUAGAAGAAAACUCUCAACUAGAACACGUUGAAUCUUUUAAUGAAGGCGGCCGUGAUCCAGGUGCUUUAGGUGGUAUUGGAGCAAAAUUUGUCAAUGUUAGCCAUAACAAUGGAUUAAAACGACGUGAAUGGGACAAAGAAGCUCCCGAAUGGCGAAGAGUGAAUCGUGGUUUGGUUCUUGAAGGUGAAUGUACAAAUUCAAAAUGUAAAGCAUACGGAAACACGGUUGCUAUAUCAAUGAAUUAUCGGAAAUUUGAUGUUGUAUGCGAUCCUGAUAUUGACAAGACUGUAUGUCCUGUGUGCAAACAAUAUGUUGAGCCAAAAACUUGUGGUUUCAACAAUUGCUGGUGGAGAUUUGAGGGUGUAAAAAAAGAAGGAAGUGGUAAACCACCACAAUCUUGUCAAAGUAAUUGGAGACAAGCUGAUGAUGCAUAUCAUUAUUUUGACCAAGAGAUCAGUGGAACGAUUACAUGGCUUCGGCUCACGUUCGAAGUGGUAAAAAAUAAGCCUGCCAAAUGA